UUGUGUUAUCGAUAUUACCAAGUAUCAACAAUUAUCUGUUAUUUAGUUAAGCGAAUAUUAAAAUGUUGUGUUUCUCUAUUACUUGUGAGUUGUCUAAAGCUCUCAUGGCUGAAAUAUUAUACUAGAACUAAUAGUUACCUUAAAUAUUUUACUAUGAAUAAUAUUUGACUUCGAUUCCGUUUUGUAUAAUUUUAUUAAUAAAAUUAUUUAAAAUGUUAUUCGCCUUUGUUUACUAAUAUAAACACCAAAUUACAUAAAAUGGACUCCAUAUUUUUGUCUGGCAUACCUGAUUCCAAAGGUAUAACUACAAUCCAAAAACUAUAUGCAUCUGAAAGUAUACUGACCACAAGUUUGUUCAAUCAGUAUAUCUUACUUAAAAUAUCAGAAAACUCUAAAAUAUUGUGUAAACUGGUUCCUCAAAUCGCUUUCACUUUUACAUUUGGUAGGUGUGAUGCAAGUGUUAUAAACCAUAGACCCAAUAAGUUAAUCGAUCCAUUGACAGUAAACCUAGAAGUAACUGUAAGCAAAGAGCAUAUAGAACCAAUAUGUGUCACUACCGCCAAACGUAUGGUGGUCAGUAUCAUUUUUAAAGAUGUUAAAUAUCAAGAUAUAUGGUCAAAAAAUACUACCAAGUUAGCAGAUGUUGUUAGACAUAUUUUACGAUUAUAUGUAGUACUUAAUAAUUGUAUUGUGAACUUAAAAAAACUUGGAUCAAAACAAAACUUUAAUAUUGACUAUAUACUAAUUCACAAGACUGAUUGUAAGAAUGCUGCUCGUAUUAGUUCAGAAACUUCCAUAAUGAUUAUCAAAACAAUGUCUACUAUACAAUUUUAUCAUGCAGAAAUUGGAUUAGAAAUAAAACCAUUAUUUGGUAUGGAACCUCAAGUGACAUGUUUAAAAAACAUCAUAAAAGCUGCUAGAAAUGGCUGUAAUCCUUUGUGUACUAUGAUAUUAUUAAUUGGUCCAUCUAGUAGUGGAAAAACAUGCUUGGUUCAUCAUGUUGCUGCAUCAUUAAAGUGUAUAAUUUUUAAUUUAAUAUCUACAGAUUUGAUCAGUGCCGAUCCAGGUUCUACUGAAUUAGCUAUUCGAGAUUUAUUUAAAAGAGCUCAAUUAUUAAUUAAGCAAGAUAGCAAAACUGUAUGUAUAAUAAUGUUUGAAAAAGCAGAAAGUAUGUUGAAUGGAAAAAGUACUAAUGCUAAAAGAAUCUGUGCUCAGUUUCAAGAUUGUUUAUCAUCAAUUCAAAAUUAUUGUCGUAUUAUAGUUAUUGCAACUACUAGUAUGCCACAUUUAAUUGAUACUUCUUUUAAACAAGGAUCAAGAUUUUCUUAUGAAAUUUACAUUGGUAUUCCAUCUGAAAAAGAUCGGGUAAAAUUGAUUAAAGGCAUGCUUCGUACUUUGAAUCUAAAUAUUCAACAUAAAACUACAUUAUCUCUAGCAAAACUAACACCGGGUUAUACUGCUGCUGAUUUAGAAUUGGUUUUGAAGGAAAUAUGUCGUGAAUCUUGUAUUGCUUCAGAAUUAGAAAAUGGCAUAUUAAGUAAUGCAAUUUUACUUAUUGCUAGACACCCAGCUUCAUCUUUGAAGUCAGGGAUCGGUCAAGUAAUUACAAAGUCUGAAUCUAGUCCUGAUAUAAAUUUGGGAGGUUUAACAAAUGUUAAACUCAUGUUUGAUGUUUGCAUUAAAUGGCCUCUUAUGUAUCCAAAAGCUUUUAAACAUUUUUCUGUUCCUCCUCCUAAAGGUGUUUUGCUUUACGGACCUCCAGGGUGUGGUAAAACAAGUCUUGUACGUUCAGUAGCUUCAUUGGCCAACUUAAAUGUUCUUACAGCAAUGGCUGCAGAAUUAUAUUCUCCAUAUUUAGGUGUUACAGAAGCUAAUAUUUCACAGUUAUUCCAACGAGCAAGAGCUAAUAUUCCAGCUGUAUUAUUCAUAGAUGAAAUUGAUUCAUUAGUAAGUUGUCGUUCUGAAGACAAAAAAGGGUCAUCGGGAUUUGAUGACCGAGUUCUAUCAACGUUUCUGGUUGAAAUGGAUGGUAUCACCAAUGAUACUGAAUAUGGACAAGGAGUUGUAGUUGUAGCUGCUACCAAUCGCCCCGAUAAAAUUGAUACUGCAUUACUAAGACCCGGUAGAUUUGAUCGACAAAUUUAUGUCCAACCACCUCUCUUAGCAGAAGAACGUUUUAACAUACUACAUACAAUUAUUAAUAACUCUGAACAAAGUGUGCCAAUUUCAGAUUCAUCAAUUUUAAAUAAAGUAGCUUUGAUGACUAAUUAUUUUUCUGCUGCUGAUCUUGCAAAUGUUGUGAAAGAAGCUGUUCUGUCUUGUUUGACUAUAGAUGGAUUGGAAACGUGUAUGACAGUAAAAAAAGAACAUUUUGAGGAUGCAUUGAAAAUUGUUAAACCUUCGUUAUCUAAAAAGCAAAUUUUAUGGUAUAAAAACUUUUCCUCCGAAAAAAAAAUAAAUCACAUAAAAAUAGAUUGCUGUGAUGACAUUGAGCAACUUGAAAUGUAAAUAAUUACAAUUAAUAUUAAAAUUUAAAAAAAUGAUU